UAGGUUCACUAACUGUGCGUCACUUUCCAAUAUGGCGGCACAGACAACACAGUCGAAAACUGGGGCCAAAAAUCCAGGAGAACUGGUCCGCGGUCAAGUUUUUGAGGUCGGACCUCGUUAUACAAAUUUAACUUACAUUGGAGAAGGUGCAUAUGGCAUGGUCGUCUCUGCUCUAGAUAAUCACACAAAAACAAAAGUUGCAAUUAAGAAGAUCUCACCAUUUGAACACCAGACCUACUGUCAAAGGACACUGAGAGAAAUAAAAAUUUUAACACGGUUUAAACAUGAAAACAUUAUUGACAUCAGAGACAUUCUUAGAGCUCCUACUGUGGAAGAGAUGAAAGAUGUUUAUAUAGUUCAGUGUUUAAUGGAAACUGAUAUGUACAAAUUGUUGAAGACACAGCAACUAAGCAAUGAUCAUGUCUGCUACUUCUUGUAUCAGAUCCUCAGAGGGCUUAAAUAUAUACACUCAGCUAAUGUGCUGCACAGAGAUUUAAAGCCAAGUAAUUUGCUCCUUAAUACAACAUGUGAUCUGAAGAUCUGUGAUUUUGGUCUAGCCAGAGUAGCUGAUCCAGACCAUGACCAUACAGGUUUUCUGACUGAGUAUGUUGCCACUAGGUGGUAUAGAGCUCCAGAGAUUAUGCUCAACUCUAAGGGAUACACUAAAUCUAUUGAUGUAUGGUCUGUAGGAUGUAUUCUAGCAGAAAUGUUGGCCAAUCGCCCACUGUUUCCAGGAAAGCACUAUCUUGAUCAAUUGAACCAUAUUCUUGGUGUGCUAGGCUCUCCAAGUCAAGAUGACUUACAGUGUAUUAUCAAUGACAAGGCUAGAGGCUAUAUCCAAUCAUUACCAUAUAAACCUAAAGUACCUUGGCAAAAAUUGUUCCCUAAUGCUGAUGUGAAGGCAUUGGACCUGCUUGAGAAAAUGUUAACUUUCAACCCAAAUAAGAGAAUAACUGUAGAAGAGGCACUUGCUCAUCCAUACCUUGAACAAUAUUAUGAUCCCGCUGAUGAGCCUGUUGCAGAGGAGCCCUUUACAUUUGAGAUGGAAUUAGAUGAUUUACCUAAAGAAAGACUUAAAGAACUUAUUUUUCAAGAAACUGUGCAAAUAGGAGCAAGAAACAGGGAAUGAAUUGUCCACUAUAUCUGGUGAAGACUAAAUUGAAGGUGUAUGUUUUGUGGUGCUGUCUGCCAAAGGUCUGCUGUACAUAUCUUUUGAGAUCAACCCUUACACUACAGACUUAAGAUUUCUCAUUCUAUCCAACUAGCGAGUGGAGCUCCCAGGCAGAUAUCAGUUCUCCAUAAAAGCUGUAGAGAUUUCAUUGUUUUAGAUUACUACCUAUACAGUUCUGUGCUUCAGAAUUUUGUUGCCAUCUUGACAGGGUUUCUUUUUUAAAUUGAUUCUUUGGUAUUCUGUGUUAGUUACUUUUUCUUUAGUGUACUUUAAAUGAUAAAACAUAUUGUUUUCAAAAGAGAAUCUAGAGCUUUGUAUUGGUAAUAUUCAUACUAUUUAAUUACAUUGUCCUCUGGAUUUCUUGUCAACUUUUAAAGAGAACUGAAAGUGAACUCUUCAUGCUUGUACAUCUAACUAUUCCUUUUCGUGUUAAAUGAUUUCUUGUCACAAUGUGGGCAUACAUAUGUAUGUUUAUAUGUACUCUCCAAAUUCUGUUUUCUGUAAUGAUGUUUUGUUUUUGUAUUAGAAAGUUUAAAGUGCAAUUUGAUAAUGAAUAACAUUUUUUUUUUAUAAUUUGAAGAAUAAUCAAAGUUAGAUAUAAUGAAUAAAAAACUUUUAAUUUAAUUUUAUGAUUUUGAUCAAAUAGAAAAAAAACAACUGAUUCCUUGUCCAAAAUAUGUUAGCAUAUUUGUGUUGUAGUGUGUCUUAUUAGCUCUUAAUAAUUGCAGCUUGAACCCUGCCCUGGCUUAUUGUAUUAGUGAGGCACAUAGAGAUAGAUCAUUAGCAUUUUUUGCAUCCAUCACAGUGACCUACUACUGUGUGCUUCAAAGUUUUAGUUGAACGCAUUAUCUUCAUCAGAAUCUCCAGAUGUUUUCUUUGUUGAAUGGGCCUUGAAACAGUUGUGUGUGUGUGUGUGCGAUUUGUAUUUUUUUGCUCUACAUUUUACUGUGUAAAAAAAAACUCAUUUGUAGUGUGAAUGUUACAGAUUGAUUUGAUUGUAGCACAAUUUAAAAUGUAUCACAAACAAAUGAUUAUUGCUAAAAUAUUCACUAAUUUAAAGUAAAUGAGACUUGUGUUUAAAUUAAAAAAAAAAGUACAAAAAACUAAUAUUUUGGAAAUAAAAUUUUCUCUACCAAAUGUCUGUGUUUGAAUAGCAAAAAGAGAAUUUAUUUAUUAUGAAAUACUUUGAUAGGCUAGACAAAUAGGAGAGAGUUGAUCAGUUGCAUUGUUUGAUUAGUUCUGUGAUUUCACUUUUUUGUUCUUACAUGCCAUACGCAAAUCAUGGUUAUUUUCUUUUUAUAUAAAUAUAUACAUUUAUAAAAACAAUUUUUGUUUUCAUCCGUAUUUACUUCUACGUUCAUGUCCUUCAUUGUGUUUUAGUGAUGUAGAUAGUCAAGUAUUGAAGGUUGUACAGUUCAUAUGUUGCUCACCCCAUCCCCCUUUUUUUUUUUAUACCUAAAUGCUUGCAUUAAUGUUCCCCCCCUCCCGUUCCUACACCAAACUGUACAGUUUCCUUCUUUGCAUUCUUGUCCAUUGCUAGUAUUUUAUUUGUUUAUAUACUCAAAUAUAUAUAUAACCUUGUGCUAUUCCAUUUGUUCUUUUUUAUUUAUUACAGUUUCUUGAUCACCAACAUGUUUAAGCCAAGUACUCAUUUCUACUUGUAUCUUUUAUUGUUUAGACUACUUUUCUCUUUAGCAGAAUAUUAACAAUAAUUGGACCUGAAAUUAUUUUUUUUUACAAUUCAUUUACUAAUUUUAGAAAUCAUUCAAAAUAUAAUAUCAGAAUAGAUUGUUUUGACAGUACUGUUCAGAAACAGAGAUUUCGAGGAUAAUGUAUUCAUUCUCCUUACUUCAACUGGGACAGUUAAUACCCUCUUAUAUUUGUUGGACUUUGUUAAUUACAUUAGUUCACCUGACUCCUUACACAUUUAGAAAGAUACAGUUUCUUUGAAAUGUAGUAUUGAUGACUUGUAUAUAUAAAUAUCACAUUUUGUCUUCUUUCUAUUUUGUUAUACAAUGUGUGUGUAAUAUUAAAUGUUUGCCAUUGCCAAUGUAAUAGUUAUGUGCUUAUUAUGAUAAUACAAUGAUAAUACUGCACUAUUUUAUAUUCAUAUCAAAGAUUAUAUUAUAAUCAAUCUUUAGUUGUUUUUUUUGUUUGUUUGUUUUCUGUUGAUGUGCCUACACAUAGCUGUGUCUAAUGUUUCCUGCUUUAGAUCAUGUAGAUCAAUGAAUUAAAAAAGAGAAAACAAAGAAGUUUGUUUCAUUUUGGUUGUCUUUUCAAUGAAGGUAUUUCUGUUAGUGUUUUCAUUAAUGACCUUUUCAAAUUCACCUGCAGUUUAAGAGUUGAACAUAUAACUGUUUUCCUUGAUAGAGAUAACAGCAAAGAAAAUCUUGAAAGUUUAUUUUGUUUAAACAAGAGUUCACUCCCAUACAAUGAAAUGAGCUUUUUUCUCCAAUUCUACUUAAGGGUAAGGCAUAUUGUGUGACACUAGAACAUAUACCACUUUUUCUUCUUGCUUAUAGUUGUUCAUCAAAUCAGCUAUUUUCUUUAUUGCUGCUAACUAUGGCUAUUAUACAGCAUGGUUUUAUUUCAUUGACAAUAUGUUUGACUUUUAGAAUGUAAGCAUAUACAUUUGUUGGUAUAAAAAAUUAAAAGGUAGUUUUUAAUGACACAAGUUCUACUUCUAAAUUAGAAAAAAUGUCCUGUUUGUGGCCAGCCUAUUUUUGUUUGUUUUUAAAAGCAGACCUUGUGAAUAGUUUUUUCUAAGCUUUAGAAAAUGAGUAUUGUAUUAAAAGAAUCAAACUAUUUGCAAGUGUUCUCAGAGGCAGAGCAGUUCAUGAACUUCAAUGACUAUAAAUAGCAUACAAGCCUUUGUUCAAAAUUUAAGUUUGAUGCUAAAUAAUUGAAAGAACCAAGUAUUAAGUGUGGGAACAUUUCAUGUAAUUAAGCACAAUUGAUAUAACUUGCUAUAACAUAAUAACAUAUCUCAAACUUUGUGUUUCAAUGUCAAACCAUUGUAUGUCCACUCAUGAACAUGCUGGAUCAAGCUACAUUAAUGUGUUCUGUCAUGUCUUGGUGUCUUUUUGUUUUUUUUGCUUUGUGCUGUUUCCUACCAAAAAAAAAAAACAAAUCUGUAUUCAUCAAGUUUCUCCCUACCAUCCAAUGUGUAGUCUUAUCAGCCCUUUUGUUUUUCUUAUUGAUACCAUCUUUUAACUUCUUUUUAUUGUGUUCAACGCAAAUACACAAAAAUUACUAAAAUAAAUGGUAAAAACAG